AUGGAUCCAGCUCAGAGGCGAGCCCUGGCCGUGGCAGCCGCAGAGAAGCGGCGCUUGGGCACCAGUAACGGACCUGCAGGUGCAAAAGAGGAUGCUCAUGCCGAAAAGAAGGAGGCUUCCAACAGGAGUGAUCCCAGAGCCUCCGAGUUGCUUGUGGUCUUUGACAAAGUCCAUUCAGAGGCCGUGAAGAGGCACAAGAACACCGGCCUAGAUGCCCACCACGCACCUGCGCUGCGCAAGGCCAAACGCUCGGUAGAGGAGAGUUUGCAGCACGGAGACAACUUGACGCUUUCCUCACUGCACACGCUGAAGAACGUGGGGCAUUGGGUCGUGAGCCAGUUGCGUGAGCAUCUAGAAGGUGAGGUCACAACGGUACCGAGCGCCAAGCGGGCGAGAACGGUGCCGGCGGCGACGCCGGAGUCAUUCACUUGGUGGUACGUGAAUGCGAAGGGCGAGCGCGUGGAACAUCGGAACGAUGCUGAGAUGAAGGGCUCCGUGGGCAGCGAGACCUUCCGGGUGAGCAUCAUGCAUUCGAGCGGGCGGAUGGAGAAGGCUUGGCUGCCUGAUGCCAAAGCGCCGCCCAUGAGUCCCAAAUGA